CCAAGUUUUCUCGACCAAUGAGAUGUCUACUGAGCCUGAGUGACAUGAAAUUUGGAACAAUCGGGUUGAUCUGGAAACGGUAGAUGCCAACACUCCCGCCUUCUUCGGUUAGAACGUAGCUGCCAGGAACACUGCAGAAUAACCGCUUUGUCUCCUUCUCGGUCGUUUGGAAUUCUUGAAUUCAACCAAAAUGAGGGAAAUCGUGCACUUACAGGCAGGCCAGUGUGGAAAUCAGAUUGGAGCUAAGUUUUGGGAGGUGAUAAGCGACGAACAUGGCAUCGACCCAACCGGUUCCUACCAUGGGGACAGUGACCUGCAGCUGGAUCGCAUCAACGUGUAUUACAACGAGGCUUCAGGUGGAAAGUAUGUCCCCCGGGCGGUGCUGGUGGACUUGGAACCCGGCACAAUGGACUCCGUGAGGUCCGGUCCCUUUGGCCAGAUCUUUAGACCAGACAACUUUGUCUUUGGCCAGAGCGGAGCAGGUAACAACUGGGCUAAAGGUCACUACACUGAGGGAGCCGAGCUGGUGGACUCGGUCCUGGAUGUGGUGAGGAAGGAGGCCGAAGGCUGCGACUGCCUGCAGGGCUUCCAGCUCACCCACUCCUUGGGUGGAGGCACCGGCUCAGGCAUGGGCACGCUGCUCAUCAGCAAAAUCCGAGAGGAGUAUCCAGACCGCAUCAUGAACACUUUCAGCGUCGUACCUUCACCUAAGGUGUCAGACACAGUGGUGGAGCCGUACAACGCCACCCUCUCCGUCCACCAGCUGGUGGAGAAUACAGAUGAGACCUACUGCAUUGAUAAUGAGGCGCUGUAUGACAUCUGCUUCCGCACGCUGAAGCUCACCACGCCAUCCUACGGAGACCUCAACCACCUCGUCUCAGCAACCAUGAGCGGGGUGACCACCUGUCUGCGCUUCCCCGGCCAGCUCAAUGCUGAUCUGAGGAAACUGGCCGUCAACAUGGUGCCCUUCCCCAGGCUGCACUUCUUCAUGCCCGGCUUCGCCCCACUGACCAGCCGAGGCAGCCAGCAGUACAGGUCGUUGACGGUCCCUGAGCUCACCCAGCAGAUGUUCGACUCCAAGAACAUGAUGGCGGCCUGCGACCCGCGCCACGGCCGCUACCUCACAGUUGCUGCCAUCUUUAGAGGCCGCAUGUCCAUGAAGGAGGUGGACGAGCAGAUGCUGAAUGUGCAGAACAAGAACAGCAGCUACUUCGUUGAGUGGAUCCCAAACAACGUGAAGACAGCCGUCUGCGACAUCCCUCCCCGUGGCCUCAAGAUGGCUGCCACCUUUAUCGGCAACAGCACGGCCAUUCAGGAGCUGUUCAAGCGCAUCUCAGAGCAGUUCACCGCCAUGUUCCGCCGCAAGGCCUUCCUCCACUGGUACACUGGUGAGGGCAUGGAUGAGAUGGAGUUCACAGAGGCUGAGAGCAACAUGAACGACCUGGUGUCCGAGUACCAGCAGUACCAGGACGCCACCGCUGAGGAGGAGGGCGAGUUUGAGGACGAAGGCGAGGAGGACCUGGCUUAGACGCCCAGCGCAAUGUUUUCCCCGCUAUGCAACACUUAGUUAGGGGCGCGGUCCAUACGCUUCAAACGCAUCAUGGUAUAAUUAUCGAAAAUUGGCUUUUAAUCAAUGAAACAGCAGUUUAAAAGAAUAGCACAGUAGUUCCUCUGAAUGUAACAGUUUGUGUCCAGCCUUCUUUUUUUUCUUAAAUGUUAUUGUUUUUUCCCCUCACAUUUCUUUCCUUCCUUCCUGCUUUGGAUAUGAAUGUUUUUAACUUGUUUCGUGUCUUCUGUUUUUCAAGAUGCAAGGUUUCUUUGUUAUGAAAGAGAACGUAACUGAACAGUUUAAGGCACUCAUCGCUGAACGUGAAGAGUACUGUUGGAUGUGGAGGUGAAUUCUUUUGCAAAACAAACAAACCUUAAACUGAAAGCUAUAAAUCAACGUGAUUUAUAGCUGAAAUUUCGACACAUUCAUUGUUACAACAUUCUUAGUGUGCUUGUACUGGGAUGUUAUAACAUCAAAUGUAAAGAUACGUUUUAAUAAAAUAAUUAUGAUUUGGUGCUA